AGCAAGAGCCGGGCGUUCUGGAGUCUGUUUUGACUUUUUACCUCUAUUUGUAGAGGUUAUUCUUGAUAUUUGCCGCUACCUUUCACCUCGGACCAUUUGUUUAAGGUGCGUCUGUUAUCUAAUGCAUCAAGUGGAACUAUGACCCAGACCCAAGCUCUGUGAAGUUAAUAAUUGUUUACCAAGGAGCACAAUAUAAAAGGAUCCAGCAGCUUUUCUUCGUGACACACAGCCACUAUGGAGCAGAGGCAGCACCUCUUUGUUUGUGUGCUUCUGGCACUUUGUGCCACUCGGACGGCGAAUGGAGGGAACAUUCUGGUGUGGUACACUGAGGGCAGCCACUGGAUUAACAUGAAGCCUGUGCUGGAGGCUCUGAUGGACAGAGGACACCAGGUCACCGUCCUGGCUCCGAGCAUGACUCUGUUCAUGAACACCAGUAUUUCUUCUCGCUUUCAGUACGAAAACUUCGAAGUAUCACUCCCACUGAAGGAGAUGGAGACGUUUUUUGACGACUUUCUUCAAUUCACCAUGUAUGAGAUGGAUCAAAUGAACACCUUGCAGAUGUACAUGAAGUUUAUUGAUCUGAUGGCGGUCAACCUGCAGUAUACUUUGAGGUAUUUGGACGGAGUGCUGAAAUCAGACACCGUCAUGAAGAAGCUGAAGGAAGGAAAAUAUGACCUUCUCCUGGCUGACCCCGUCUACGCCGGCAGUGACUUGACAGCAGAGAUUUUGGGCAUCCCUCUGGUUUUCUCUCUGCGCUUCAGCUUUGUGAAUAACUGGGAGAGACACUGUGGUCAGCUACCUGCUCCACCGUCCUUUGUCCCCGCUGUUAUGAGCAAACUGACAGACAAGAUGGACUUCUCAGAGAGAGUGUUGAACUAUGCCUUCUAUUUAAUCAAUGACAUCAUUUUGAACAACAUUUAUUGGAAAAAAGUAGAUGCAUAUUACUCCGAAAUUCAAGGGAAACCGACCAGUGCCUGCCAGACAAUGAGUAAAGCAGACUUCUGGUUGAUUCGAACCUACUGGGAUUUUGAAUUCCCUCGUCCAUUCCUCCCAAACUUCAAAUACGUUGGUGGGAUCCACUGCAAACCUGCUAAACCUUUGCCAGAGGAUAUGGAGGAAUUUGUGCAGAGUUCAGGAGACGCUGGCAUCGUGGUCUUCACUUUGGGAUCCAUGGUCAAGAACAUCACUGCAGAGAAGGCGAACGUGAUCGCCUCGGCCCUCGCUCAGAUCCCACAAAAGGUGCUGUGGAGAUACAGUGGAGACAAACCAGAGACUCUUGGUGAUAACACCAGAAUAUAUGACUGGAUCCCUCAGAACGACCUGCUGGGUCACCACAAGACCAGAGCCUUCAUCACCCAUGGUGGCACCAAUGGGAUUUAUGAGGCCAUCUACCACGGUGUUCCAAUGGUGGGCAUCCCCUUGUUCGGUGACCAACCAGACAACAUGGCCCACAUGAAGGCCAAGGGAGCUGCAGUUACCGUGGACUUAAACUUCAUGAAGCCUGAGGACCUGAGAGAUGCGAUCAAUACUGUUAUCAAAGAGAAAUCGUACAAGGAGAGUGCCAUGCGGCUGUCCAGUAUCCACCAUGACAGACCCACCAGUCCCCUGGAUGAGGCCUUGUUCUGGAUCGAGUUCACCAUGAGAAACAAGGGGGCCAAGCACUUGAGGGUCCAGGCUCAUGAGCUGACCUGGUACCAGUACCACUGCCUGGACGUCCUGGCCAUCUUCCUCGCCAUCGUCCUGCUCAUCACACUCCUCUUCAUCGGGACCUGCCGUUACUGCUUUAGGAUGUGCUGUGGCAGGAGAGGCAAGAAAAAGACUGAGUGAUGGACUUUAAGAUUUGAAACGCAGUCUGCAAAGAGGUGACGGGUGAAACACUGACAGUUCUCAGGUUUUCAUGUCGAGUCUGAGGCACGUUGUGUCCCCACAAUGUCCUGGAUGUGCGUUUGCCAUCAGUGAUCCUCAACUUCUGACACGACUUAGACUAUAAAUGUCAUGUAAAAAGUAGAUUGACCGCACUGUUGAAUAAAGAUCGGUAAAAGCUC